ACACCAAAAGGGGAAAUGGGUUGGGAAGUGAAACUCAGCAGCUUCUUCCAACCCCAACCGGACAGAGCCACCCGCAAUCCCACCCCCCAACCCCCUGCACCCUCCGCCUCAUUCUCUGUCUCGGGGAAGGUCAGAGACCAAACGAAGCCGCCUGCUCACAGAGCCUCGGCCAGCCUCCAGGAGCGAGGCAGAAUGGCUGGCAGAUUCUGGGUGGCAGCCAGCACCCUGGCCAUGAUCCUGGGCAUGGCAGUAACUCAGGAGGACGUGUGUCGAGCACCGCCCGGCAAAGACGGCUACCCUGGCGUGCCGGGCCUCAACGGGAGGCCAGGGCAGAAAGGCGACACAGGCGAGCCAGGGUUACCGGGAAGAAGGUCGGGGAUCCGGGGACCCAAAGGUGAUGAAGGGGAACCUGGGCCUCCCGGCAUGCCUGGGAACCAGGGCUACAGGGGGCCAAAUGGUUCCCCCGGGCUCCCAGGGCCGCCGGGGAGGAAGGGAGCCAAAGGCAAGGCUGGCAAUAUCCAGGAUCAGCCCCGGCCUGCCUUCUCGGCCUCCAGGAAGAGCCCCCGCAGCAGCGGGAACGUCGUGGUCUUUGACAAUCUCAUCACCGACCCGGACAGCCCGAACAGUGGCUACGACACCGUGACGGGAAAGUUCACCUGCCAGGUGCCCGGCGUCUACUACUUUGCCUUCCAGGUGAUCUCCAGCGGGAACCUCUGCCUCAGCCUCGUCCGCAACGAGAAAAAGGAGUUGGGCGUCUGUGACAGCAACAGCCGCGGCAUCCUGCAGGUGAACUCAGGGAGCAGCGUGCUCCAGCUGGCCCAGAACGACCGGGUCUGGCUCGAGAGCGACCCCCGCCAAGGCAACCAGGUGUACGACGGCACCGAGGCCGACAGCGUCUUCAGCGGCUUCCUGCUCUUCCCUGAGACCCAGUGACGCCCCUCAGCCAGCACUACAGCAAGGCGGCCCCUGCCUCUCCGAGCCCCCGCCGCUUUGCCCGCUGGCCUGCGAGAGCCCUGACGGGGGUGCGCGCGUGUCCUGGGGGGCCACAGGCCAGCCGGUGUGUGCAGACCCAGCCUUUCCCCACCCAGCCACUCAGGAGAGCACUGCGCCUGCGCCUGCCCACCUCCUGAGACUGGGUGCUCUGUGUGCCAGGCAGGGGCGGGAGCCGGCUGCUGAGCUCCCCAGGGCCUGUAUACAAAUAAUUUGUGUCCAGUUCCAUGAGUGUAGGGGAUAUAGCCCCUGGCCAGGCGUCACGGCCCAGACCCUGCUCCCGCAGAGCUCCCCUUGGCUUUGAUGGCACCAGGAUUGGGCCCUAAGUGCCCGCCCCCGGCAGCCUGUGCCAUCGCAGGCUGGUUCUGGGCAUUGUGGGACGAGCACACCCCCAGCAUGCCAAACAGACCAGGAAUCCUCACCUGUCCCCCGGGCUGGUGGGGGCCUGGUCCCAGUCAUGGGAUGGCAUCUGGACUUCCCAGGUCACUCGCAGCAGGGGCCUCCCUCCCAGCACCCAAGUGUGGGGCUCCUCAGACAAGGGGGGGCUCCGUCCUCUGGCCCCAUGGCCAUGACACCACAGCCCACAGCCCAGGCCUUAGACAAGAUCUGUCUGCAAAAGGCCAAAGCCUGCGACAGUGACCCUGUCCUGCUGGGCACCCCUCUGCCCUGGGCCUGCAUCCCUGUAACGUGCCCCUUGAGAGAGCUGCGCUGGGGACCAGGACGUGGCGUGUGGCGCAGAGGGGGCAGUGUCCGGGGGGAGGUGGUAGAUAGGCUGUGUUGGCUCAGCUGCUGGCUGCUCUGUAACCCCAGCUAACGCCCUGGGAAGUGUCAUCUCGCCUUCCAGGCAGGUCCAUUCCAUCGUCAACAGCCGGCAGGCUGCCUAAAGAACCACCGCUCCCACUCCAGGCAGGGUCCCCCACCUUCCCGGCCAGGCGCUGCCAUUCAGCACGGAUUGUGUCCCCCAGGCCGAGGAGAGCGGUCGCACUCUGUGCUCUGUCCAAGCAGCACAGUCGCAGGCAGCGCCCCGGUCCCAGGGGCUCAGAUCUUCCUGCCAUGCUGGUUCUCACCCCCCUGCCGAAGGAGAUCAGUUGUCACCGGUGUCAUUCCCCCGCUGUGGCCCCUUUAUUCCCUGAUAGGAAAUCGCUGUCGGUUGUGGCUCACGCUGUACUAACCAUUGCAAAUCCGGAGCUGGCUGCAGGCCACCCCUGGCUUUCACCCCCUUCCCAUCAGCACAGACGAAUAAACCCUUUCUUUCCCUC